AUGUCGAUCAAUAUUUGGAAACGGAUUUUGCGGCCCAGCAUCAAAUCGCUCCAGUAUCAGACCAGCAGAAACAUCCAGCAUGGCGUUAAAAUUACCGAACAAUGCUCGAAUCCGGCAUCGCGCGGCUUGGUACUAGGAGUGUAUGCGGAUGAAAACGACCGGCUAGACAUCGGUGUCCUAACGCCCACCGCAGCCAAGUAUAAUGAGUCGUACACGAGCGGAAAGCUGCUGGAACUGCUCCGGCUGGCAGGACCAAUGCCACGGCGCGGUGAGGUCCGAAUUCUGUACAACCUCGAGCCAACCUACUCGGCUGUGGCUGUUUGCGGGCUUGGCAGCGAGUGCCUCGGGUACGACGAUGUCGAAAAAAUGGACAUCUCUAAAGAAGCGAUCCGCAUAGCGGCCGCACGUGGGUGCCAGGAGCUACAGAGUCUCGAGACGAGCCGCAUCUACGUGGAAGACUUUGGUCACGCCGAAUCGGCCGCCGAAGGAGCCCACAUGGGAUUGUGGGUUAAUCAGGAACUUCGGGCGGUAAACAACCGGAAGUUCAUUCCCCAACUGCAGCUAUACUACGAACCGGAGCUACCGUGCGAUGCGAACGGAUGGCGCAUUGGGUUGGCGAAAGCGGAAGCGCAAAAUCUAGCCCGGCAGCUACAGGAAACGCCCUCGAACCACAUGACACCCACCACGUUCGCACAGAAUGUAGUUCAAAUUUUGUGCAACUCAGGUGUGAACGUGGAGGUAAAGGUGAAAGGAUGGGCUGAAAACCAAGAGAUGACCUCCUUCCUUACCGUCGCGAAGGGAUCCUGUGAACCGCCGAUUUUCCUGGAGCUGAGCUACUACGGUACCGACACGAAGGUUCCACCGAUAAUCCUGAUUGGGCAAGGUAAUACGUACGACAGCGGUGGCCUGUGCCUGAAACCGAUCGAAGCGCUGACCGAUAUGCGCGGUGAUAUGACCGGAGCGGCCUGCGUUGUUGCCGCCAGCCGGGCUAUUGCUGCCCUGAAACUUCCGGUCAAUAUCCGCGCCUUGAUUCCGCUCUGUGAGAACAUGAUCGGUUGCAACGCCAUGAAACCGGGGGAUGUAAUACAGGUGCGGAACGGCAAGAGCAUCGAGAUAGUGAAGACCAGUAACGAGGCUCCGUUGGUGCUGGUUGAUGCGCUGCUGUACGCGGAACACUUUGGACCGAAGUACAUCGUGGACGUGUCGACCAUCUCGAAAGCGGUUAUCGAGUCGUUCGGCAAGGUGUGCAGUGCCGUGUUCACCAACUCCGAGGACCUGUGGCAGCGUAUGCAGAACGCCAGUAUUCACACGGGCGAUCGCGUGUGGCGUCUGCCGCUGUGGGAUUACUACCGUGAGCAGAUCUGCUCGGCGGAGCAUGUCGACGUCCAGAACAUGGGACAGGGCCAAGGGGCAAACAGCUGCAAAGCGGCCGCAUUCUUGCGCGAAUUUCUACCGUGCGGUCAGUGGAUUCACAUCGACGCGCUGAACGUGCUCAAAACGAAGGGAAACGAUUUUCCGUACAUCCGGCGUGGCAUGACGGGGCGACCGACGCGAACGCUGAUCGAGUUCAUUGCUCAGAGUGUGGUUCCGAGUGAUGAUUGCACGAACGGCAAACCUCAAAAGAAGGCUCUACACUUGUGA